CCAAUAGCGUCACAUAGGGUUUCCCCUCCACAAACCACACGGCAAAAAGGUUUGCGAUUUCUCAACCCGCCCUGCUGAACCCCCGUUCCUGACUUCGACAAUCAACCAACGACCUUGUGGACAUUCAGCCCCAAACAGUCGGUCAAGAUGCCUUUCCACAAGCUUGUGAAGAGCAGCGCGUACUACAGUCGCUUCCAGACCAAGUACAAGCGCAGAAGGUCCGGAAAGACCGACUACUAUGCCCGCAAGCGUCUGAUCACCCAGGCCAAGAACAAGUACAAUGCUCCCAAGUACCGCCUGGUGGUCCGCUUCACCAACCGGGACAUCAUCCUGCAGAUCGUCUCCUCCGAGAUCAGCGGUGACAAGGUCUUCGUCUCUGCCUACGCCCACGAGCUGCGCGCCUACGGCAUCGAGCACGGUCUGACCAACUGGGCUGCUGCCUACGCCACCGGUCUCCUGAUCGCCCGCCGUGCCCUCAAGAAGCUCGGCAUGGACGAGACCUUCACCGGUGUCGAGGAGGCUGACGGCGAGUACACCCUGACCGAGGCCGCCGAGACCGACGAUGGUGAGCGCCGCCCCUUCAAGGCCAACCUCGACGUCGGUCUGGCCCGCACCUCGACCGGUGCCCGUGUCUUCGGUGCCCUCAAGGGUGCCUCUGACGGUGGCAUCUUCGUCCCCCACUCCGAGAACCGUUUCCCCGGUUACGACAUGGAGACCAAGGAGCUCGACGCCGACACCCUCCGCAAGUACAUCUACGGUGGCCACGUCGCCGAGUACAUGGAGACCCUCGCCGACGAUGACGAGGAGCGCUACAAGAGCCAGUUCCAGAAGUACAUCGACGACGAUGUCGAGGCCGAUGGCGUUGAGGACCUGUACACCGAGGCCCACAAGGCCAUCCGUGAGGACCCCUUCAAGAAGUACGAGAGCGACGCUCCCAAGAAGACCAAGGAGGAGUGGAAGGCCGAGUCCAAGAAGUACCGCAGCAAGAAGCUGAGCUACGAGGAGAAGAAGCAGCGUGUCCAGGCCAAGAUCGCUGAGCUCCGCUCCGAGUAAGCGGUCCUUUAGCCUUUCGAUACCCAACAAAACCACUACUCGCGUAUGACUUUGUCUCGGAGAGCAGGGGAAAUCGACCUGAAAAGAAAAAGGGUCUGGAUGGAAUACCGGCGUUGCGUCAAUGGGAAAGGUUGUCUUCAAGGGUUCGGGUCUAAGGAAAACCAAUGAAAAGUUCUAGCCACCCUUGAAUUGGGCCUCCUCCAGCUCAUUCAUUCACACUGUCCGGCUCUCUUGACCCAUCGCAAGUGACAUGCAAAAAUUCUUUCUACAACACAUGUGCCACGGCAGUUCUUGUCGGCAGGCGACGGCGUUUGAGCCUUCCAAUUCUCGUCGAUGUCGUACUGUGACAGACUAGGUGCAGGGCACACGGGGACAAGCAGGUGGUUGAUGGCAUGCGGCCUGCAGUAGCGCGUAAGGGCUCUGCAGCGCAGUGCUACAAUGCCAUGUCGAAGUCAUGCCUCGCACCCUCCGCCGGCCUGCCGGCCUGGCGGCCUGGCGGGACAGCAAGGAACACCGCGUGUCCCACGGCUUGGCUGCCUCCUGUCACCUCACGAACCAAACCCGCGCGGCGUAAGUGGUCCGGAUCUGGGUUCUUGUGGCCUGCACCCCUGAGCCCUUCGUGCUGCUCCCAAGGCAUCCGUGACACCUGCUGCAUUGACAACAAAGGGCGAAUCACUGGCCCAUCUGACUCGGGCCAAGUCCUCCGCAGCACAAGGUUUAGUUUUAUUUUUUAUUUUUAUUUUUAUCUUCUUGUAGGGGAUGCGGACAGGGUGGGCAAGGGACGGGACAGAGACGAGCAGACAGGCAAGCAGAUACACUAGCUGGAGCGAACGGGCCGGGGGAAUAAUUAGAACAGGAAGGCUACGGAGCCCCGAUGGAUCCGAUGGGUCCGAUGGGGGAGAGGCCAUCUCUCGGGACGGCGAUGGGCUUGCAAAUUGGGUUGGGCUGGGGAGGGUCCUGUUUUGGAUGCUUGGACCCCCCGAAGAGCCGAGGAUAAUUCGCGAUCAUUUUUGUUUUGGUGAGAGCUGGUGGUUCUCUAGGUUCGGCGGAUGUUGCCGGUGGGUUUUCCGCCAGGACGGAAUUGAACUGCUGGCCGGCCGUGCGCGUGGAAAUAUGAUUUCGGAAUUCAGGAGCCAUGACCUGACUGACUGGCUUACCGACCUGGCUCUUGGUGAAUUUUGUACAGUGGUCCAGUGUUCAAAGCAGCGGUGGGCGCGCGGCUAGGGCGCCAUACUGUCAAGAACCCGCACUAGCAGCGGCAGAGGAGGACCUGUCGG